CGGAAAUUUGUUUAUUUGACAGAAAUCCGUCUAUACAAUAAAUGGUAAUUUGUAGAAUAUACCUGUGAUGACAGAAAUUAAAUUCAUAGCAGUUUUUCCAGUGUUAAAUUUUCGUGCAAUUAACAGUCAGAUGCAUAGAUGGAUAAAAAAGAUGAUCAUAGACCUAAUGAGGUACCGAAAUUUGGAUUAUUAGAUAGUAUCGGGGCUGUAUUUGCUCAAAGAAAUCAAGAAAGAGAAGAAAGGAGACGUAUUGCCAGAGUAAAAGAUGAAGUAGCAAGAGCACAUGGUCAAUAUCUACGUCAAAAUGUUGUAUCUAAAGAUGAAUAUGAUAGAGCUGGAUCUGUUGUUUCACAAUGGGCAAAGAAAAACGGAAUCGGCCAGGAAACUCAGAGGCUGCUUAAUAGAAAAAAUAAGGCAAUACCCGGAAGAGAAAGAUCCAUGAAAAGAAAGAGAACAAACCCUGAAAGUGAAACCCCUCCAAAGACAACCCCAAGACGUCCAUUGUCCUGUGAUGCCAUUAAUAGAGAUUUACAAAAUACUGUUAUUCUAGACCAAAAUAAGCGUUAUAAAGCAAAGGCAUCAGCUACAUGUACCACAAGUUCUAGUUUUAAUAGUGUUAUUAGGAUAAACUCAGAUUUAGAGAUAUCUAGUGCUUCAGUAACAAAUGAAAAUGAUAUAGUAGAUUUAACUAAUUCACCGCUUACAAUCCAUGAUAGUAUACCUUCAGACACAUUCUAUAAAUGUAAUGUAAUAAAUUGUGAUUUAGUGUUUGAUUCACAACCUUUAUGGAAAAAUCAUGAAGUCCAAGGAGUCCAUUCCACAUGUAAUCCUUUCUUAAAUUUGAUAAAUGGUGCUCUGUCUGACAGACCGAUUCAAUACUGCUGUCCUAAAUGUGAGGAAAUAUUUCAGAGAAAGAUAGAAUGUCAAGAACAUAUGAUUUUUGACAAUCAUCUGCCAAUAUUAUUGCCAAUAUCCUUAUGUGGGUAUAUGUGUCCCCAGUGCUGUAUGAUCUUCAGUAGCAUUGUUUAUUGCCAUACUCAUAUGUCCAAGAAUAACCAUUUUCAAACUACUUAUCAAUUUUCUGGAGAUUUUCAAGGUAUUGAGUCCAGAUCUGUACCCAUGCCAUCUUAUCUUGCUGAGCAGUUUUAUCAAAAAUGUUCAAAUGUUGGUUGUGAAGUAAAAUGUAUUGAAUGUAAUGUGGAAUUAAAAACCAAGGAUGAGAUAAUUUCCCAUGACUUAGACCAAACUAGAACUCAUCAAUUAAUUACAACAUCGUUGUCCACACCUGAGGAGGUAUUUGCAGAAUUCUUGACUGACAAGUGUUGUAGUACAUGUAGUAAAAUUGUAUGGAAUAUUGAUGCAGGAAACGGUUUUCAUCAAUGUGAUGAUAAUAAUUUAGGAUGGUUAAUAGACCACGAUUGUAAAACAUUCAUAGAAUUUGUACGAAGAUGUGGUAUAAAAGAACAUUUUAAUGUUAUCUCAGUUAAAGAAUCAGAUGCCCAGAAGGAAGUUUACCAUAUAAAUGCACCUUCCAAAUAUACACAUGAAGCAACUAUCUCUAUACACCAUGAUUUUAGCAAUAAGACAUCUACAACAUAUCCUUAUUUCUGUAUCCUUACUUACAUUGCCAAUCUGAAUCAAUACAGUAAUAUUACUGUCUGUAUACAGUAUUUUCACUAUCUUAACAGGAAUUCAAAUGCUAACAGUGAUUCUAAUAACAAAGCGACAUAUCCAAUACAGCUUCCUAAUCAGUGUGAUUGUAAUAUUCUUUUGUUGUCUAUAUCUAAUUCUAAUGUUGUAAAACGAAGUGUAGAAAUGAUAGACUCAGUUUUAAAUGUAACAGCUUAUUAUAAAACUAAUACACAAGGAAGCGAAUCUAGUCCUUCUCAUGUCAAUAAUAAAUAUCUCAUGAUAGGUGAUGAAUUUCAUGAUGUGUUAGAUUCUCAGUCUCAUUCAUCAAGUAUGGAUUCUUUUCUAUCUUGUUCAAGUUUACUAGAUUCGUGUCAUAGUAUUGCUCCAAAUAUUUCAAAACCAGAUAGAAAGAGAAAAAGAGAUUCUAGUACAGAUGGUAUUGAUGAUAGCCAGCCAUCAGUUUCUACAUGGGUAUUUAACUCCAGUAACCAGAAAGUUGAAUCCUUGCCAAAUUUAAACUGUUUGUCUCAAGCGGGUCCCACUACAAGAUCUUCAGAUAAAAAUUCCCCUUCUAAAAGAUAUCUGAAAUUAUCUGAAUCACCCACAGAGAAAGUAUCUGAGACUAGAAAUCAGAGUAGUGGGGAAAGCAGCCAAUCAAACAACUCUGCACAGGAAUCAUUUAAUUUUAGUUACCCUUUAAAACCUCCACAGAAUGAACUCUCAAACCAGAAUAUGCCGAAAGAUCAACACUUGACAGCUAAACUUUCUAAAAAUGCUCGAAAGAAACUUCGACAGAGAUUACAAUAUGAAGCUGAAAAAAAGGAACUAGCUUUGAAUAAACCAAGUACUUCCUCUUUAAAACUAACAUGUCUUGAUUCUCCAGAUACUGAUGGUGAUAUAUCAACCAAAAACCUUAGCCGAAUGCAUCUUUUGAUAUUUCUUGACCUAGAUAACUGGCAUGGCUUUUUUAAAAAAUUGCCCCACUGUUUACCUGAUAAAACUUUUGUUUGGACUUUUUAUGGAGGCAAUACAAUCUGGAAACCACCAAAGUCACUUCCAUUUUUAAAGUUGAAAAAAGCCAAAUGCUUCCACCUACACAGUCAGUGUGGUAAAACUAAGGAUGCUUCAGAUUUUGCUAUCUGUUUUACUAUUGGAAAAAUGGAUGAUCGAUUACCAAAGUCAGUUCCCUUUGCAAUUUUGUCUGGUGAUCGUGGUUUCUGUGAAAUUGAAAGACAGAUGAAGAAUUCUUCCAGACGGGCGGUUGUAAUUGAUCCUCAUGAAGCACAUAAACAUAGUGAUUAUAUGAUUUAUACAAUGAUACUUAGUGUCAUGCAGUCAUAAACAGUUAGAAUCACCUAAAAUGUUUUUAACUGGUGAUGUUUGUUAUGUAUAAUUACUUUCCAUUUGUGCCUUGCCUUUAUCAAAUUAAGGUGUAAUUAUGUCACAACCAAUUUUAUAUUCAAAUGUGAUUGUAUAUUGUAGUUGUCAGUCCGCCGUUAACGAUUUCUUGUGAACACUUUUUAUUUAUCAUCUGAUCGUUUUGAAAUUAAAUUCAAUAAUUUCCAUUAAUUACUUCUAGAUUUAUAGCCCUUGUUUCGAUUUCCUAGAACUUUGUGAACACUCAAUAGUUAUCAUCCGAUCUUUAUUGAAUUGAUAUGCAUUUUUUGAAUGAGUACAACGAAGAAGCCUAUCGCAUUUCAAUAAUUUCAGUUAAUUACUUCUAUAGAGUUCUGGCCCUUGUUUCACUUUGUAGAACCUUGUGAUCGCUCAAACGACAAAGCUUUUCAUCCAGUCUGUAUAAAGUUGAUAUCAGUGUUUGGCAGGUGCUCUCAUUAUCUACAAAAGAUAAAAUAUGUGACAACCCUUGUAGACUGCCUGGAAAAUUUAGCUGGCAACCUAUCUUUCCUUUCAUUAUAAAAAAUUGCUGUCAAAGUUAACCAUUAAUUAUAUUUAUGAGAAAUCCUGUUUCCUGUUACUGUCUUAUGAUUUUGUUUUUUGUGUUAAUAUUGUCCACGAAUUCUUGGUAUCAAAAUUCUCAAAAUGUCUUUGUAUCUCUUUAACUAUUAUUACAGAUGGCAUGUUAAUUGAAAAAGAACUGUAAAGUAGGUCUAAUAAUUCGCUGGAAUACAUGUAGAAUAUAUUGCUUUAUAAUAGCUCUAAUUUAUAGAGACUCAUAGUAAUGUUGUCCUUUGUCGGUUAAAUCAGAUUUAUAGGUGUGAGCUUAAUUAAUUAUAAUUCUUGUUCAUUGUAUUCAAGUGUGAAAUAGCUUUAUUUAAGGUCCACCAAAGUAACCUUUAAGUGUAUGCAUGCCAUUUAUACAUUUGUUAACUGUAAAACAAGAAAUUAAUGAUUGGACAACAUUAAUGCUGUCACCAGUUUCAUUUAUUGUAAUACACAUUUCUAUUUAGUAGCAUAAUAAAAUAAAGUAUGUGUCAUUCUAUGAGUAAACAGCAACCUUGUCAAACAUGACACCCCUCAAACCAAUUAAAUGAUUAAUUAGUUGUUAAGCAUCAGUGUCAUUAAUGGCACAAAAUAUUGCCCAAGAACGUAUUUAUAUUUACUCUCCUCGAGUCGCAAUAAUUUAAUAACAUAAAUUUCUUGUUUUACAGUACCUAUUUAGGAAUCGAACUGAUAUCAUUCCUUUAUGAAAAUAUACUGUUAAUGAUGCCAUUUUAUUAGUCACAAUAUUACUUUAUCACAUCAAACCUAACCAAGGAUUAAUGACUAAAUUUACAGGUAGCUAUUUACGUGAUGACCUAAGCUCUCAGAUUUAGCUGAAAAAUGUUCAGGUUUUUACAUCUUUGACAGAAUGUAUUACCACUAUGAAUUCAUCAUUUGUGGGAGUUGAAUGCCUUGCAAACUACAAUAUUCUGAAUCAAUUAUCAGUCUGAAAAUGUUUCAAUUCCAUUCAGUAUUGAUAUUUUUUUCAAUUAAAUAUUAAAUAAUCAAUUUGAGUACAUUUUAGAAUGAAUAAAAAAAGAUAUUGCCUGAAAAAUGCAAACAACAGCAUUAAAUUACUGCUUGUAUCAUUUCAAUGCGACUGCAAUGUGUUUUGUUCUGUGCUAAUCUGUGAAAAGCUAUAUGGAAUUGGUUAUGGUGAUAUUUGUAAAAUGUUUUUGCAAAUUACAUUUACAAAAAAAAAAUAUCCACAAAUCCUGACAUACUCACAAGAAAUGCAAAAGAAAUAUAUUCCUUUCAUUCAGUUAUGUAAACAAAUGGAAUGAACAAAAUCAAGGCCUGAGAGUCUGAUCUUCUCAUUACCAUACCUUACCAACUAUAAGUUUAAAGCCUUUUCAAGAUGGGUACCCUGUCACCUCAAAUUCUACGAGACAUGAAAUUCAAUUAAUUAUUUUUAGAGGGGAAACUUUCACCUAGUAUGCCAUUACCAUGAUGUCUGUCUCCUGUUUUGAAAUUUAAUGUUUUUUCGAUUACUGUGUUAUGAUGUGUUUCAUAUGACCAUGUGGUAUUGUACAAUAUCCAUAUACAUUUGUAUUAAGAGUCUUUGACACUACACAAGCUGGCAAAUACAUGUUCAAGGGAUGUAGAAUUUAUAUUUUAUGUCUUAUUUUGUCUUUCUUCUUUUCUAAUAGUCGAGUUAUAACUAAUAACUAAACUGACUAGAAUGACAUGGAAGUAAUAUUAUAACCUUUUAUUCACUUACUUUAUAUGUAAACAAAU